AUGUACCCGAAGUCCACAGCCCGGGGCGUCGAGUGGGAGCAUCGCUGUGACCACAUUUGCCACUGGGCAGACCUGACGUGGUUCGCUCUCGACUUUGUGACCAUCAUUCCUUUCGACAUCUUCAGCUUGGCUUUCGGCACGGACAACUUGAAGGCCAG